UCAGAGCUCCUUUGAGACUGCAAAGACUGUUUAAAGAAGGAAGACGGCAUGAGAUUGGAUUCAGUGCAGUAAAGUAGGUUAGUUUGAGGACAAAACAAAAAGUCAUUAUUUAGACCUUCUUGUGUUACCAUGAUGAGAACUUACCAUUGCUUCUGGCUGCUGUUUUGGGCUAGUCAGCCCCACCAAAGCUUGUUAACUCCGUUAUCCAAAAGGACUAGUGGCUUUCCAGAAAAGGAAAAGGUUUUGGUAUUGUCUGGAAACAGCAGGCAAGACCUCCAUCGUUCCAAAAGGAGCUGGAUGUGGAAUCAGUUCUUUUUAUUGGAGGAAUACACAGGAACGGACUACCAAUACGUUGGCAAGCUGCAUUCAGACCAGGAUAAAGGAGAUGGAUCACUUAAAUACAUCCUUUCUGGAGAUGGAGCAGGAGACCUCUUCAUUAUCAACGAAAACACUGGUGACAUCCAGGCUACAAAGAGACUAGACAGGGAAGAAAAGCCUGUAUACAUACUCCGUGCCCAGGCUGUAAACAGAAGGACUGGAAGACCAGUGGAACCAGAAUCUGAGUUCAUCAUUAAGAUCCAUGAUAUCAAUGACAAUGAGCCAAUGUUUACAAAGGACGUUUACAAUGCCAGCAUUCCUGAAAUGUCAGAUGUUGGUACCUUUGUUGUGCAGGUCACUGCCACUGAUGCUGAUGAUCCUACAUAUGGGAACAGUGCUAAAGUUGUCUACAGCAUUCUCCAGGGACAACCAUAUUUCUCUGUCGAAUCUGAGACAGGCAUUAUUAAAACUGCUUUGCUAAACAUGGACCGUGAAAAUAGAGAGCAAUACCAAGUGGUCAUCCAGGCUAAAGACAUGGGAGGCCAGAUGGGCGGAUUAUCGGGAACCACCACCGUGAACAUCACAUUGACUGAUGUAAACGACAAUCCACCUCGCUUCCCUCAGAGCACAUAUCAAUUCAGAGUUCCCGAGUCUAUGCCACUAGAUUCACCAGUUGGCAGGAUAAAAGCCAAUGAUGCUGACGUGGAUGAAAAUGCAGAGAUUGAAUACAGCAUCACUGAGGGGGACGGAUAUGACAUGUUUGGAAUUACCACAGACAAGGACACACAGGAAGGAAUUAUAACUGUGAAAAAGGCAUUGGAUUUUGAAAAUAAAAACUUGUAUAUUCUCAAAGUGGAAGCUGCCAAUACUCACGUGGACCCUCGAUUCCUGUACUUGGGACCAUUCAAGGACUCAGCUACAGUCAGAAUUCAGGUGGAGGAUGUAGAUGAACCCCCUGUGUUCAGCAGACCAGCAUACAUAAUGGAAGUGAAAGAAGACAUUCCAAUAAACAGUGUAAUAGGAACAGUAACUGCUCAGGAUCCAGAUGCUGGCAGGAACCCUGUGAAGUACUCUGUAGAUCGUCACACUGAUAUGGACAGAGUAUUCAACAUCAAUUCAGGAAAUGGUUCGAUAUUCACUUCAAAACCUCUUGACCGGGAAACACUGCUGUGGCACAACAUUACAGUAAUAGCAGCAGAGAUCAACAACCCAAAACAAAGCAGCCGUGUUCCAGUGUUCAUUAAGGUUUUGGAUGUAAAUGACAACGCUCCAGAGUUUGCCAUGUUUUAUGAAACCUUCGUCUGUGAAAAUGCAAAAGCAGAACAGCUGAUACAAACAUUAAGUGCUGUUGAUAAAGAUGACUCUUACAAUGGACAUCAGUUUUCAUUCUCCUUAGCUCCUGAGGCAGCCAGCAGCUCAAACUUCACACUGCAGGACAACAGAGAUAACACAGCAGGGAUUUUCACCCGAAAAACCAGAUAUAACCGGCAUGAAACAAGUACCUACUUCUUGCCAGUGGUAAUAUCAGACAAUGAUUACCCUAUCCAGAGCAGCACUGAAACAGUGACUAUUCGAGUAUGUGCUUGUGACCAUCGAGGCAAGAUGCUGUCCUGCAAUGCAGAAGCCUUGAUUCAUCCUACUGGUCUUAGCACUGGGGCUCUUAUUGCCAUUCUUCUCUGUAUCAUUAUAUUACUUGUUACAGUGGUGCUGUUUGCAGCACUGAGACGGCAGCGGAAAAAAGAGCCUUUGAUUAUUUCCAAAGAAGACAUCAGAGACAACAUUGUCAGUUAUAAUGAUGAAGGUGGUGGAGAGGAAGACACCCAGGCAUUUGAUAUUGGUACGCUGAGAAAUCCUGAAGCUAUAGAUGAUAAUAAAUUGCGCAGAGACAUUGUGCCUGAAACACUUUUUAUACCACGGCGGACUGCAACAGCGCGGGAUAACACGGAUGUCAGAGAUUUCAUUAACCAAAGGUUAAAGGAAAAUGAUACAGAUCCAACAGCCCCCCCAUAUGACUCGUUAGCAACCUACGCAUAUGAAGGUAAUGGUUCUGUGGCCGAGUCCCUCAGCUCCUUGGAGUCAGUGACUACAGAUGGAGAUCAGGACUAUGAUUACCUCAGUGACUGGGGACCUCGGUUUAAAAAGCUGGCAGAUAUGUAUGGCUCAAUGGACAGUGACAAAGACUCCUAAUAUGUUGCCUUUUUUUUUUUCUUUUUGUUUCCUGUCCUCAUUUUCAGAAACAGCGUUGGGAUAUGUGAAGUGGCUAUUUCUUUCUAUUUCUCCACAGCUGUGUGAAAAGGGUUCUCUAUUCUACUCGUUUGAAUUGUCUAAUGACAGAAGUCUGUGUGGGUUAGCCAUCAGAAAACUUUUUCUAGUAUCAUUUUAUGAGCUUCCAAGAGGCAAAAUCCUUAUUUUUUAGUGCAUCCAGUUUACCAGGCUAGUCUUACAGGCACAGCAGUAGUGGAGGGGAAAGAAAGGAUCAGAUAAGGGGCAAUAUUUUUACUUGUUCUGCUUAUAUUGUAAAUUGGAGUAUAUUACUGUUUAAGCUCACUUGCUUUUUUUACUUGUAUUCAGACUAUUCAGCUCAGACAAUUGCUCUGUCGAUUGUGUAUUGCACAUCCCAAUGUAAUGAGGUACCCUAGUUUACCCUAUGUAUUAUAGUUAAAAGUAGUGGUGAUGGAAUGAAGGUUUAUUAUACAAGUAGAGUAAGCUGAGAAAAAAAACAUCAAACAUGCAUUUUACUCAUGGAGAUGGUAGAAAGGCUUAAUGGUCAUUUAAACCUAAGUGUUUCUCUAGAACUUGCCAUGCCCCCAAUGCACUGAAUCAUACUGACACACACAUAUAUAUAUUUCAUUGACUUCUCUGUAUAUAUUCUUCUGACCUAGCAUUGCUGGAGAGAUGUGUGUGUGUGCACGCGUGUGUGGUCAGUUGCCCCAGUAUCUACUUCUUAGAUGAAUUCCCAGUUCUAACCCAGACCUGCUUUGCGAUACAGGGAAAGUCAUCAAAUCCAGCCCCAGAUUAGGUCAUGAAUCGGAUGAAGGAACAGAUCAUUACUGUGCUUUUGUUUGUACUUCUGUUGGCCUCCACCUGCACAUCAGUUCAGUGACUGUCACUGCACUGGGGAGGUGGGAGUCAGGAUGUUCAUAUCCAGCUACUUCUGCCUGUUCUCAUGUGCAGGUGGGGAGGAGAGGCCUCAAGGUGACUCUGCCACCCACUGGGGCAAACGGAGGAAUUGCAGAGAAGGGCACACUGCUUUUUUUGUCCUCACCUUCUCUACGUGGAUGUCCAGGGUGGAUUCCUGACUUGACUCUCUGCCCAGUUUCGCUAUCUGUAAAAUGGGGAAAUAAUUCCUACCUCAUCAGGAUGUUGCAAGAACUAUGUAAGUCAUUUAGAAAAUGCUUUAGAAAUGGAAAACGUUCUACAGUUGGCAUUCUACUGCUGGAAGUAAAUUGUCUUGGGUUCGGGUUGUGUUUUUUUUUCUCCUUCCAGAUUCAAGCCCUGAAUGCACAAAUAAGUGAGAAUUAGUUGUCAUUCCAGUGGCCUGAAAAAGUAGGGCUUAUAACUAUAACUCAUCUUUUAAAAUAAACUACACAGCCAGGUUUGUUAAAGACUUCACCAAAAGGUAAAAUUUUAAUCCUAAGUGUCAUGUUAAAAUGGGCAGAAAGGAAGAAUUUUCAUAUUUUCAGAUUUGUACUCUAUGCUUUAGAGGGUACAGCAUAGUUCUGUGGUGAUUUAGUUUUAAGGUAUUGUCAGCAGAAAAGCUGUAAUUGUAUUCCUGGAAGGAUCAUAGGUAAAAUUGACUAUAUACCAUCAGGAUUUCAAUUUUUUUUUUAAUAUAUAUAUCUUUUUUAAAUUAAUUGUAUUAUUCCAAGCCAUGUUUUGAAUUUUAAUAGGUAAGGUGUUUUUCCAUCACCUUUCUUUUGUGAUGGCAGUUGCUAUUGAUUGUAUCCAUCGGUGUGUCUGGAUACAUCUGAGAGUCAAAGAGACAUUGGUUUGGAAGACGCUGAAUGCAUCUGUGAUCGAUUGAUGAUUUUUUUUCUUUUUUUUUUUUUAUCAAUUCCCUCUCAUUGAGAUAACAGGUUUGUUAAAGGCAAUUGAUUAGUUCCCAAAGCUAAAAGGGAAAAGUUGCAGAUGGUUGUUUUGAUUUACUUAGGUCAGCGGUAACUGUAACCAGUUUAUUAAUUAAUAUAUUAAUAUUUGAGAGCUCACAUUAUUAGAACUUUCAAUCCUGUUAUAUUAAUUGCAUUCCACAUAUAAGGUUGUCAGGGAUAGUGUAAUUGCGGAAAUAUUAUUUUGUAUCAACAACUUGGCUCAUUUGACAAUUGAAAGGCCAAGCUCUCUUGAGAGCUAGGGUCUGUUUAAUGAUAUAUUUUAAAGUUAUGUUAGUAUUCAUGCUUAAAAAAGCAGGAAUAUCUUUUUUUUUUUUUUUAGUAUAGUUUACAACAAUGUGUAACAUUGUUGUCAUGCAUUUAGAGCAUUAUUUUUAAUUUAGCGUCCUAUUGAGAUGAUGGUUUUGUUAAUUCCUUUUAGAAAGUGUUCAUUUCCAUUCUUCUUUGUGAUGGUCCAUUUCUGUUUAUAAAAAGUAGUUUAAGCAAAAGUAUAUGUAGAAGUACACAUUUUUUAUUUAUGACCACCCCAUCACACAUAAAUUUUAUAAAAUUAAAUGAUAAUUUUAUACCAUGUUUCUGUUAUAAAUAAGAUGCAAGCAUAGGUUGUGUUAAAGUAAAAUUGUUUUUCCCCCUUUUUUUUCUUCAGUGAGUAAAUUGCUCUUAUCAAUUCUUUGAACAAUAAUUGAUUAGCAUAAAAAAGAGAAGUACAGUAAAGUAAAAAGUACUUAAGAGAAUAUAAGUAUUUCUUAAAAAUUGGUUAUAGGCUUUUUAGAUUUUAUUUUAUUUGCAGGUCUUGUUUGCAUUCUAGAGUUGUCUUUCCUUUUAGACAGGAAGAAGAAAUUAGUUAAAUCAUUUUAAUAAAUCCAAAGUCUUCUGCGGAAGAAUUGGAAAGUUAAUACAUAUUUAUGUAACUUCAGAUAUGCAUAAAUCCUGGUAUCUACUUCCAAGUUGAAUUGGUUGAAUUUUUAAAUUUUUUUUUAAUUGAAAUAAAGUUAUAUAUUCAUAAGGGAAAAGAUUUUUCCACCCUAUUCUCUUAUUUAGUAAAGGGAAAAGAAGAGGAAAAGUGAACUAAUAAAAUUUUAAACUAACAAUACAUAAAAUGGUUUGUUUUACAUAACUUGGUUAAUAGGUGGUCUUCCAACAAAUAGUUCUUGAUGAAAACACAAACAAAUUAGAAGAAUUAGUAAACUAAUAAUCUAAGUAAUUUUUAAAAUUUCAUCGGUCUCGGGCAGUUCUGAUUCACUCGUAUCUUGUUCCUUUAAAAAGAUAAGGUGAAAAUUCGGCCUACUAUAAAUUAAUCAUUAAAAAAAAAAAAAACAACCGAAGGAAUAAUUCAUUAAGUGUUGACUUAGCUUCUGUGUAUUACAAAAGUUAAUAGAAUUUAAGAGAAGUUUGAUGGCAGUCUCUUCACUCAAUUGUUAGUGUAUGUGUGUGUGUGCUGCAUUCCCAGAGAAAGAGGAAAA